UGGCGCGCCAUCGUGGCACCACCAUCGGAAUCGUUGCGUACCUGUUGAACGUAGAUAUCGUGGUAGUUGCAUACUUCUACCAAGCUGGGAUAGAGCAAGCCACUGUUCGUGGACAUUGUUGCACACCUUUCUGUGUACGCGGCGCCCCCCUCCGGGCGUCACACGGGCGCCCCGUCGCGGUCGCGGUGUCGGGAACUAAUGGUGCGUUGUUGUUGUCCGGGUAGUUUGUUUAUUGCAACCACACAAACGACACAUACACUCACUGCACGGACACUACGCACCGUGUUCUACGCGUUUACGAGGCGGCGUGCGGGCAAAGGGACGCACUGGCCGAUGAUUCCAUCCAUUCCGUCUUAUCGGUCGUCUUUUGGGUCGUUUUGUUUGUUCGCAAAACGGCCUAAUGAUGUCACGGCUUUUGACGUUUCUACACUUGCGCGGGGAAGCUGUCAAAAUCGCACUGUCAGGCGGAUAUCAAAACACGAGCCUACUCAGACUUGGGCUUACACAACAAAAAAAACGGACUCCGGUAGUGUUUGGACAAGGUUUGCAAAAUGUUUUCACUAAAAGUGCUGCCACUCCGGAUGCUGCGUGCCGGCUCCGGUUCGUCCCUCCGCACCAUCACACUGGGUGCGGCCAAAGCGACAAAGAAAAACGAGCUGGAGAUAGAAGAAUCGGACGACACAGAACUGCCCGUUACGUUAGUGGACGAUGAUCGUGAGUCCGCCGAAGACCGGGAGGCGCGGGUCGAGGCACUGCGUAACAAAUCGCGCCUACUGCCACAGCACCGGAACAUGCUGCACGAGCUGCUGCCCUACGAACAGUCACAGUCGUGGAUUCACGAAACGGUCAAGUACAAGCGCAUGAUGCUGGGCCGUUACGGGGUCGCAGGUAGCCGUGUUGAUCCGAGACUAUGCUUCCCAACGGCAAAGGAAGCACACGAAAAGGCGGAAUACGAUCGGGUGGCAUUUCCCUUCACCCUGCGCCAAAUGAUGGACGCAAACGAAACGGCCAAAAAGGCACGCAAAGCGGAGAUCGAGGCGCGCGAAGCCGACAUUGCGCGCAAGCUGGAAAAGCUCGACCAAUGGACGGCGGAUCUGAACGCACGCAUCGAGAAGAAGGAACGGGAGGCACGUGUGGCCAAGGAGCGCAAAGAUCGGCUGGUGGAGGAAGUUCGAAGACACUUCGGGUUCAAGGUGGACCCACGGGACGAGCGGUUCCAGGAGAUGCUGGCCCAGAAGGAGCGCGAAGACCGCAAGAAGGUGAAGGAUGCGAAGCGCAAGGAAAAGGAGGACAAAAUGAUGGAAAAACUGCAGAAGAAAACGGAGGAACUGGAAGCCGCCGAGGUGGACGUGGCGAGUGGGAAGAAACAGUGAACUCAUUAAACCUGGUCACCCUUGUUAGUGUGAACUUUAUACCGGAUUGGUCUCUGUUGUCGUUCUGUAUUUUGGCUUCGUGUAGC